UGAGAGAGAAAAAGAGAGAGAGUGAGAGAGAGGGAGGUGAGUGAGUUAACAAACGACGAAGGAGAUAAAGAGAAAGAAAGAAAGAAAGAAAGAGAAAGAGAUAGAGAUAGAAAUAGAGAUAGAGAUAGAGAUAGGGAGAGUGGGACGAAGUGUCGGUUAUAAUAGUCGCAUAACACGCGAUCCUGGUGGGCACGUCUCGACGGCGCCAUAAACCGUGUGCGCCAUUCGUUCGGCAAAGCAGGUCGUUUCCGCGGAAGGGCAGAUGCCCUUACGCGGUACAUCGUAUCGUUGGUGGUUUCGUUCUUGCACGUCCGGAUCGCCUAAUUUCGCAAGAUCCGGCACGGUUAAAUCGUCCUUCGCGUUUAAACGUUCCUCGCGUUUCCCAUAUUUCACGACGAACUGUCGACCGCCCCCCCGUGGGGGGCAAUUCUUCUCUCUUUAUCAUCGACGCCGUCGUUCUUCUCCUCCUCGUUCACUUUUGCCAAGAAUCGUCAAACCUAUUACGGCAAUAAACAUAAGUGCAGCAAAAGCAGUAGUAGAUACGGAUUUAAUCAUUGCGGCGCCAUCGAUAAGAAACCUAACAAAAAUAAUAAAUAGAAGAAGAACAACAACGAGAAGAACGACGACGACGACGACGACGGCGACGUCGACAACGACAACGACUAGGACGUCGUUGAAAACACCAAUAACGACGUCGAAGACGAAAACUACGACGGCGACGGCAAGAACCAAAGCAAGAGAGACGAAAAGAAUCGAAAGAACAAGAAGAAUAGGAAAGAGAUAUAAUAAUAGUUUCUAUUUAUUUUUAUUCGGGAUAAAUAGAACGGCUAGUGGCAGCAUUGAUAGAAAUACGACGUCAAUUUCGAGAACAAGGAAGUGGAGGAGGACGAAGACGAGAACAAGGAGGAGAACGAGUAUAGGAGCGAUAGCAACGCCACCAGUACGGUCGCCAUCAGCAUCGUGAAGCAGUUGGCUGUUCUACUACGCGAAGAGAAAGAAGGAGAGGAAAUGUUCGUAGGUCCGUGAGCGGCGGUACGAUCAAAUAUGGAGGCUCGGCCGGCCCUCUAAACGCGUUUGUGGACCUUUUCCUUUCUGUGUCUGCAUAACCAUCCGCCGUGCGCGCACGUGUACCGUCGCGGCGAACUAUCGAGUCUGUUGCUGUUGCUGCUUACUGCUAUUGCUGCUGCUGCUGCUGCUGCUACACUACUACUUAUUACUAUACCACUCUACUUAUUUCUCCUUCGUACUGCUCGACUUUCCUUCCCUUACUUUAUUAUUAUCAUUAUCAUCUUUUCACUCUACGACGUCUCUACGUCUUCUAUCUCUUCGUAGUUUCUUUUUUCUUGAGCCUCGUCAAGCUGGAGAAUGGAGCUCCGCGUUGGAAAUAAGUACCGGUUAGGACGGAAAAUCGGGAGCGGCUCCUUCGGGGAUAUUUAUCUGGGUACCAACAUUUCAACUGGCGAAGAAGUCGCCAUCAAACUGGAAUGUAUAAAAACACGGCAUCCCCAACUUCAUAUAGAAUCUAAAUUCUAUAAAAUGAUGCAAGGAGGAGUUGGUAUACCUACAAUAAAAUGGUGCGGCUCAGAAGGUGACUAUAAUGUAAUGGUUAUGGAAUUACUUGGCCCAUCGUUGGAGGAUUUAUUUAAUUUUUGUUCCCGGCGAUUUACUUUAAAGACUGUGUUACUUCUUGCGGAUCAAUUGAUAAGUAGAACAGAUUAUAUCCACAGUCGAAGUUUCAUCCAUCGAGAUAUCAAGCCAGAUAAUUUUUUGAUGGGUCUAGGAAAAAAAGGAAAUCUCGUAUAUAUUAUAGAUUUUGGUUUAGCAAAAAAGUAUCGUGACGGUCGCACACACAAACAUAUACCUUAUCGAGAAAACAAAAAUUUAACUGGAACAGCCAGAUAUGCGAGUAUAAACACACAUUUGGGAAUUGAACAAUCGCGGCGAGACGAUCUUGAAUCUCUAGGAUAUGUUCUUAUGUAUUUCAACAGAGGUAGUUUACCGUGGCAAGGUUUAAAAGCAGCUACAAAAAGACAAAAGUACGAACGUAUUUCGGAAAAAAAGAUGUCGACUCCCAUCGAAGAAUUGUGCAAGGGUUAUCCUAUCGAAUUUGCAUCCUAUUUGAAGUACUGCCGGGGACUAAGAUUUGAGGAAAGGCCUGAUUAUUCGUAUCUUCGGCAACUCUUCCGGACACUAUUCCAUGGUCAGGGCUUCACAUACGAUUAUGUCUUCGAUUGGAAUAUGUUGAAAUUUGGCAAUACCAGACAACCAACGUUGCCUUCGGUACAACAGGGACCUAUGCACUCUCAACCAACAAAUUCAGCACUGCCAUCUGGAACUAAUAACGAACAGGAACAUAGAUCAAGGCCGUACACUCGUCAGUGUCUGGCAAACGCGUCUGUUGCAGCGAUGGGUCCAACAGUAGGAGGAACGUCAUCGAAUCUGAGAAUCAUACGGCAAAAGCGCCGCGAAGCGUUGGAUGCUCAUGGUGACCAGGACAAUCAGGACAAGAGCGAUCUGCAAGCAUCGGGUGCAGGUGGCCAAGAACGAAGGGUCAGUAUGCGGUUGCACCGUAGAGAUGCAGCUUCAGCUGCAGGAGAAAUGCAGUCCAAAUCCAAUUUUGGAAGCGCCAAUGCGACGGCAACGAUCCCACCCCUCCUGGUGGUCAGGCGGGCAAGCGUUCCACACAACAAGUGAACCAGCAACAACAACAACAACAGCAAUAGCAGAAUCAUAAUCAUCAACAGGAUCAUCAACAGCAUCAGCAUCAACAGCGACGUCGAGGUGAUGCUGCUUGCAGUAAUCGUCGACAAGCUACGUUCCUACACGGUCAACAGCGAUAGGCUUCUCAUUUGUCAGCAAGUGAAAAUUGCAGUGUCGUUUGGUGUUGUACGGUGACAACAGGAGAAAUAGAGAAUUAGAAAUUUUUCAAAUGAAAAUAAGUAUGGGAAGAAAGGAUAAAGGGAUGAAUGAAUUAAUAUGAGAAAUAAAUAAAGAAAUAAAUAAAUAAAGAAAGAAAGAACGAGUAAGAAUCUAAAUGAAAAAAUAAAAAAGGGGGUACUAUUAAAGAAGAGAAAAACACAACACGCGCUUGCUAAAUCUUUCUAUAAUGAGCGUUUUGUCAGAAGCUGCUUUAUCUAUAUGUAAACAUCCUUUUUUUUUUAUUAUUACUAUUAUUAUUUUUUUGUUGUUUUUUAUUUAUAGGAGAAUGGAAAGAGAGAAAAAACAUCGUAUGUAUGUGUUGCUGUUUUUAUCUAUGCAUGGGAGCAUGUAUAUAUGAAAUACAGAGCAAAGAUAGCCAGAGAGAACGAGAUGAUGUACCCCAACAAAUCAAGCAUGAAAGAGAGAGAAAGAGAGUGAUAAAGAGAGAGAGAAAUGGAUAGAGAUCCCCUCUAUGCGCUUUCAUGCAAAGCAAAGUGAGAGAAAAAUAUUGGAUAAUAUUCAAGUGCGUUGUUGUUGGUUGUGCGAUGGUGUGAUAGUAGUGGUAGUGGUGGUGGUGGGUGUGGUGGUGGUGGUGGUGAUGGUCUUGGCGGAAGUCGAUUAGCUUUUUUAAAUGAAAGGAAGAAAGAAAGUCCGAAUAUAUACAUACAUACGUGAUGUACUAGUAGUGAUUUUCUAUCGUGGGCCGUUCGUUAAAGCGUAUACGCGUACGAUAUUAUAUAAAUUACAUAUGUAGAGUGAAGUUAUGAUGAGAUCUAUAAUAAAUUGAACAAAAAAAUAUUCACUCGAGACUGAAAACAUUUAAAAAAAAAA